AUGUUUAGGCUUCUGCGACGUUGUUUGACAUUUUCUAAGCCUCUUAGAUGGUAUUCACAGGCCGUACAACUACGUGAUUACCAGCAACAUGUCAUUGACAAGUGUCUCGAGAGCCUGAAAGAUAAUAAAAGACGUAUAGGCGUUUCGCUGGCUACGGGUGGUGGUAAAACCGUUAUAUUUGCUAAUUUGAUCAAGCAACUAUCGCAGCAGACACCUCAUAGAGCAUUAGUACUUGUUCACCGUCGAGAAUUGGUCCUACAGGCUGCUCAGACUAUAAAGAAAUUUAUGCCUCUGGCAAGAAUACAGAUUGAGAUGGGUAAGUACGUGUGUCAAGAUGUGAAGGAUUGUGAUGUUAUUGUUGCAUCUGUGCAAUCGUUGAUUAGACGACUCGACAAUUACGAAUCCACCGAUAUCGAUUUAGUCAUUGUGGAUGAAGCUCAUCAUGCCGUAGCCAAUUCCUAUCUUCGAAUUCUAGAUCAUUUUAAAAAGGACAUUCCAGUGGUUGGAUUCAGUGCAACAUUUGAAAGAGCAGAUCAUAAGGCUUUGUCAACCGUUAUGGAUGAAAUUGUUUAUCAUAAGGGGAUCCUAGAGAUGAUAAAUGACAAUUGGUUAUGUGAAGGCAAAUUUACUACUGUAAAAAUUGAUGCAGAUUUGAAUUCUGUGGAAAGAGCAUCGGGUUCAGAUGAUUUUAAACUGGACCAAUUAUCUCGGGUUAUGAAUAUUCCAGAGAUUAAUGGACUUGUAUUGAAAACAUAUUUGCACAAGAGUAAAGAACAACCAGGUGGGUUUAAUUCGACAUUACUCUUUGCGGUGGAUAUAAAGCAUGUGAAAGCAUUGCAUCACUUAUUCGUCUCAUAUGGUAUCAAGGCUGAAUGCGUUACUUCUGAAACUAAGGCAAGAGAAAGGGAUCAAAUCAUAGAUAAUUUCAAAAAGGGUGAUGUUAAAGUGCUUAUAAAUUGUGGGAUUUUUACAGAGGGGACAGAUAUGCCAGGUAUAGACUGCAUCUUAUUGUGUCGUCCUACGAGGUCACGUAGCCUUCUUGUGCAAAUGAUAGGAAGAGGGUUAAGAUUGCAUCAUUCAAAAGACUUCUGCCAUAUAAUAGAUUUUGUAGGUGCAUCUGAUAUUGGAGUAGUUUCUGUACCCACUUUGGCUGGUAUUGAUAAUUUCCAAGGAGAUUUGGAUGGUGCUACUCUGCAAGAUUUACAAGAAAUCAAAGAACAGAUAACCGCCACCAAAAAGAAACAUUCGGAAGUACAGAAAUUGGAAAACGAAUCAUUUAACAAUUGGAUGAAAAACAAAUCAUGCUUCGAUUUAACGCUGACUACAUUCGAGAAUUUCAAAAGUUUUUACAAUCAGGAACAUGGAGACUCCACAUUGCCAACCGCUGGCACUAGCUCUGAUGAUUCCUUACUGAACUCUUCUCCUUAUCCCUUUGUGAAAUUUGCCAAAAACUCUUGGGGGUUAUCGUUACUCAGUGGCCAUCAUUUAAGGAUUUACAAAGAGGGUAUCAAGGCAACAAAGUUCAAUUACACCUUGAAACUGUAUCGCGAAAUACCCAUAUACUUGAGAGAUGUUACAUCGACGAGGUAUGUACCGAGAGAAUUGCUUUCAACCGAUAAUCUGAUGCAGAUCCUGGGUAAUGUUGAACAGGUUAUAUCAGAUUUGUCAACUAGCAAGACUGGUGAAGGUCCUGUACGAAAUUUUACUAAAUUUGCUAAAUGGAGAACUGAUCCGGCUACAUCAAAACAAAAAUCCGCCAUCCAUAAGAAACUGACAUCAAGAUUGACCAAAAGAUCCGAUCUGAUGGAUUCAUUGAACUCUGAGGACAUAAAGCGCUAUACAAGUGGCAUGAAAAAAGGCGAAGCUGCAAAUAUUUUAUUUGCCACCAAUAUAGCACCUGUAUACCCAUUGGACUCGUUGCUAAGAGUCCUGCGAUUCAAGAAGAAUAUGUAA